UACGAGCGGCUCGGCGUCUCGGAGUUUGCGUCCGAGGGCGAGCUCAAGGCGGCGUUCAAGGGCCUCUCGCUGCAGCUGCACCCGGACAAGCAGAGCGGCAAGACCGACGCCGAGGCGGCCACCGCAAAGGCGCGCUACUUUGAGGUGGUGGACGCAUUCACUGUGCUGAUCGACCUGCCGACGCGGCGGGUGUACGAC